AUGUCUCCCGUCACUCUUCACCUCCGUGCGGAGGACAAGAUCUUGGAGCACAGAUCCGCCCUAACCCCCGCUACCACCCGCGCCCUCGUUGACGCCGGCUACAUCGUCAAAGUCGAGCGCUCUCCAACCUCCGCCCUGCGCAAGCGAAUCUUCCCCGAUGCAGAGUUCGAAGAGGCCGGCGCCACGCUCGUGCCCGAAGGUUCCUGGGUUGAUGCACCACUUGACAGUAUUAUCCUGGGACUGAAGGAGCUGGACGAGACGAAGGAUUUCCCGCUCAGACACGCCCAUGUCACCUUUGCGCAUUGCUACAAGAAUCAAGGAGGAUGGGAGAAGUCGUUGGGAAGAUGGAGUCGUGGGAAUGGGGUGCUGUACGAUCUGGAGUUUUUGCAGGAUGAUAAUGGGAGACGGAUUGCUGCUUUUGGAUACCAUGCCGGCUUUGCUGGUGCAGCUCUUGCACUGAAAACCUGGGUUUGGCAGCUUGAGCACCCUGACGGCACUCCACUCCCUGGCGUAGAGCAGUUUACCGAUGGAAGAGGAUACUACCUUAAUGAAGCGGAAAUGAUUAGCCAAAUCCGGAAUGAUGUUGCGCGGGGGGAGAAGAUUGCGACCCGCAGACCGAGGAUCCUCGUUAUUGGCGCUUUGGGACGAUGUGGAAAAGGUGCCGUUGAUGCAUGUGUCAAAGCGGGAUGUGAGGAUAUCCUGCGUUGGGAUAUGGCGGAGACAGCCAAGGGUGGCCCGUUCCAGGAGAUUGUGGAGUCUGAUGUAUUCGUAAACUGCAUCUACUUGAGCGAGAAGAUCGCGCCAUUUAUAGACAUGGAGAGUCUGAAGAGCCCUAACAGAAGGCUUUCCGUUAUUUGCGACGUCAGCUGUGACACGACAAACCCCAAUAACCCUAUACCAAUCUACAACAUCAAUACUACUUUCGGCAAACCAACCGUCGCUCUUCCACUCUCCAACCCUCCCCUAAGCGUAAUCUCAAUCGACCAUCUCCCCAGCCUCCUCCCAGCAGAGUCUUCCAAUGCCUUCUCCGCCGAUCUCCUCCCAUACAUGAAGGAGAUCAGACACCGUGACUCAAACCCUGUCUGGCAGCGUGCUGAGAAGCUGUUUAGGGAUAAGGUCAAGGCUCUCCCCGAGGAGUUGCAGAAGGCUGAGUAA